UAAACAUGACUCGUGGAGCAACUGGAGUUUCUACGUCGUUGGUAGCGUUUUUGUGCUGCUACGUCGAGCUAUGCGUGGGUAUGGAUUACACCCCUCUCGAGGGAGAUGCCAUGUACGAGUUUUCUUGGGCCGGCUCGUCCUCGGCGGCGCGCGCUGAAGACGUAGCAUUCCGGACAACAAUCACUGAAGAAAGUGAUCGCGUCACUCGGUUACUGGCCAAUGAGCUUCUUGCUCCGGGGUUCACUGACGAGGUCGUUGAGAUGGCAACGGCCCAGCAAGAGAAAUACACGUGUGUCCUUCCGAAAUCGGCGACUGCUGAGUUUGAAGAGGAGGAGGAAUUGGAGUCAAAGUACCUUACUCCGGAGUCUCUACUCCAGCCACUCCAGUUUCAAUGUCUCGAACUGAGCCAGGGUUAUUGGUCGUAUGAGCUGUGCCACGGACAAAUACUGAGGCAGUAUCACGAAGAGAAUACGGGAAAGAAAAUCUACGACAGUUUCGGAGAGCGUCAGGCCAAAAUCUUGAUGCUUGGUCUCGACGGCGCGGGCAAAACGACGGUCCUCUACAAGCUGAAACUGCACGAAGUAGUCAGCACCAUACCGACUAUUGGAUUCAACGUUGAGACGGUACAACCCGUGAAGCACGUGAGCUUCACCGUCUGGGACGUCGGCGGACAGGACAAGAUCAGGCCUCUGUGGAGACACUAUUUCCAAGGAUGUGAGGGGCUGGUCUUUAUCGUGGACAGCGUCGACACGAUGAGAUUUUCAGAGGCCCGAGACGAACUCACCUGGAUUCUGAACUCGGAUGAAAUGGCGGGGGUGCCCCUGGUCGUUCUGGCUAACAAGCAAGACCUCCCAAAAGCUCAGUCGCCAUCUGAAGUUGCGGCGAAGUUGGGUCUCCCGCAGGGGAUUAAAAUGGAUGAAUAUAUCCUGGGUAAAGCAAGGAAGUCAAGUUUGGGUGACACAAAUUCCGAGGAGAAGGAGGAGAGAGAGGACGGGGAGGAAGAGGGUGAAAAACGAAAGAUUCCAACGUGGCAUUUCAAUGGAUUUGACUAUCCCUACCACAAGGUGGAUAUGACGGGGGGAACCCCCUGCGAUCUCCGUGGUAACAAUCCCAGGAGUGUUAGCAUCCUGUACAUCUGUCAGACCGACGCCCAGACCUACGGCUCAUUAUUGCUGGUACAGGAGUCGACUGCAUGUCACUAUGUUGCAAUAGUUGGCUCCAAACAGCUCUGCCAGAACAAGGAUUACAGACUGAAAGAGCAACCAGUCUACACCAUCUCCUGCUACUCUCAAGGCAGCUCACCAAAAAAGCCUGGAAUUCUCAGAGAGCAAGAGUUUGACAUCAUCACCAUGACUACCAAGACACCAACCGUCUCAGACACUCCCAAAACCGUCUCAAAAGGAGGGACUCCAGGGUCAAAGGUGAGCAGCAGUGGGCCAAGUCUUGACGAAGCCAUCAUCCUCACUUUCCUCACCGGGGAAAUGUGCCUUCGUGGGGGCAGUGGAUGGUGGAUCCAUGAACUGUGUCUCAAGAAACAAGUGAAGCAAAUACAUCAGGAGGUUGAUAAUUCCGAGACGGAGGUCCUCCUGGGAGUCUGGAACGAGGACGACCACAUGGAAUGGUAUGAGAGAGAGGGACAGAAGAAACACACGGCCUCGAGCGUUACUCAUCUCUAUAAUGGAGGUGACGUGUGUGACAUUACUGGCAAGCCUCGUGUCUGCUACGUCAAAUUCAAGUGUUCGAGGAAGGGCAAGUCCCCCUCUCAGAUCUCACUCUACCUGACAGAGCAGAGCGUCUGUGUGUACACACUGACAGUGGAGGGGCAGUUCAUCUGCCCUCUACUGGAGACACUGGACGACCACGGUCUGUUCCAGGUACAACAUACCGCCUCGUCAUCACUGUUUAAUGAGGGGUUGCCCCUGGAUGAUCCCCGUUCUGAUGAGACUCACGACUCUGAGUCUGAGACCGGUACGGAAUCGGGACAGGAGGAAGAUUCUGUAAUUUCAAAGGAUUCAGAUCAGGUGGAAUGGGAACCAGAGCAGAUGGAAUGGGAAUCGGACCAGGUGGAACGGGAAUCAGACUCUGAUACAGACAAUCCACACUCGAGACAAAAGAAAGUCUAGUAUAUACCACACAUGAUUUAGUAUAAAUCAGAUCAUUUUUAUCAUAGACACCACUGGUAUUAUAUGAUGUAUGAUUAUGAUGUUCAUUGGAA